GCUACUGCAUAACAGCUGUUUGCAAAUUACUGAACUGUCAUUUGCAAAUAUUGCACAACACUGUGCCUAGUAGCAACUUUGCCAGUGUAGAAGGAAGUAAUUGAAUUGAUUCUGUCUCUAUAUAAGUAUGCCUACACCUUUAGAUAGCAAUCUCAGUAGGCAAGUGGGAAAAUAUGUGGAAACUCUUACACACACUGGGCAAAAAGUGUUGGAUAAAGAUGUAUUGAAAAAAUUAAAGAACAUCUGCAAGAUAUCUGAUGGCUAUGUGGAACAUGCUUACCAUUUACUUAUUUAUCAACUUGAGAAGGCACAUGCAGAGAUACGAUUCAGUGCCUUUCAAAUUUGUAAUGAACUCUUUAGGAGAUCACACUUUUUCCGAGAACUGCUGGUUUCUAACAUGCAACAUGUGAUGGAGCUGACAUGUGAAACUUCCUCUGAUCGACUUCUUCCUCCACCUCGAUCUGUUGCUCUAAGUCUUAAACGUAUGGCAUUACAGUGCAUACAAGAGUGGAAUAAGGAAUAUGGAGAUGGAUAUAAGAAAUUGCAACUUGGUUAUAAUUUCCUGAAACAUUGCAAGAAGGUGGAUUUUAAUGCAUUACAAAUUGAAAAUUCAGCAGAACAAGUGAGGCAACAGGAGCAGGAAAGAAGGCAAAAUUUGAUAAACCAGGAGAAAUUGAAGAAAAUAAUGAUAGAAAUAAAUGAAAUGCAGCCUGAAAUAACAAAUACACUGACAGCACUGGAAAACUGCAUUUGUCUGCUCUUUCCAACACCAGAAGAUUUCUUUAUUCAAGAUGGAAAUGAAACUGAAACAAAAUCUAAAAUCUCUGAUGAAAAACCUAGUCCUUCAAACUGUUCUGGUACAAAGCAAACAGAAGAUCAAAAUAAAAAUGAAGAACAAGAUUUAGAUCAGAAAGAUAGGUUGUCAGAAUUAAUUGAAAGUGCUAGAAAAGUUGAAGAGAAGAAAAAUAUUGUAAAAAAUGACUCUGAUGUCCCAUCCAUAAGCAGAUCUAAAGAUGAUGAUGAUAUGGAAGAAGACAAUUCUGAGUUUGGAAGUGAAACAUCAGAUUCUGAGGAAGACAUUGAUUUUCGAGAAUAUGGAAUACUCAAUUCAAAAUAUAGUAUUGAAGUGAAUGUAAAUACAGAUUCAACAUCAAUUAAGGAGACAGCUGAUAAUGAUGCUAUCUUCGAAAAUGCAAAAGAUAUGUAUACACUUAUUAACAACAGAUAUCUACCAACUGUUAAGAAGUGGAUACAAGUUAUCACCAAAGCUUCAGGAAGCUCAGACCAGUUGAAAAAGAUUUUAGAUCUAAAGAAUUCUCUUGAAAAAGCAACAAAGAAAUACACAGAAUUAAAGUGCCACACUGUUCCUAAUGAUGCAAAUGGUUCAUCUGACUCAGACUUUGAAGAAGUUGAAGAGAAAGAUGGUUACGAGAAGAUGGCACAGGAAGAUGUACCAUUAUCUGGUCUGUCUGCAGGGACAGUGUUUGGGCUAAAGAAAUUCAACACAAAGACAGAAAAUCAGUCCAGUUGGAAUAUAUGGUCAGAAGAUAAUAGUGAAAUGGAUCCCACAUCUGCUCGGUCCACAUUGUCAGUUUUGAAGUCAGUAAAUUCAGCAAUGCCAAAAUCUCCAAAGAAAGAAAAUAUGGACCACACAGCAGCAUCUUGUAGCAAACAUGAGAAUACACCAACAAGAGGCUGUUCAGAGAAUGAAAAAGUUAAUGAAGAAGAACCAGUACCUUCAACAUCAAAAGAUAAUUCAGUGUACAUCUCAAAAGAAAGUCAAAGAGCAAAGCUGUUAGCUGCAGCUCCAAAAGUUCCAUUUGAUAUUGAUCUAUAUCACUGGGAGGAUGACAAAAUUCAGGCUCCUACAAUGGUUGCUGUUAGAGCUGAAGGUUCCAGAUUCUGGUAUACUUCUUUAGAAGAGCUAGAAGAGGUACCAGUGCCUGAUGGUAUACCAAGUUUGAGGACCAGAGUAAUUGAAUUCACUGGUAAAUUUGAACCAGUCCGGUGGGCUUGCAGAGCACCCCUACCUAGUGGAAAGCUCUGCCCACGUCGAGAUCGCUAUAAGUGUCCUUUCCAUGGUCCAAUAGUGUCAAGAGAUGAAACUGGAAAAUGCACCAAACCAGAUGAUGCUCAAAGAUUGGCAAAAGAAGAAGAGAAAAAAACAAAAGAAUGUCCAGAUUGGCAAGACCCACAGCUGCUUGAAGAUAUCAAGCAUGCCACUGGAGUCGAUCUAAGAAUGCCAGAGAAAAAGAAAAGGAAAGGCAGCAAGAAGAAAAAGCAAUCAAAGCAAAGCAAAUGCCCUGGGCUCACCGAUAUCUCUGCCAAACAAAACACAGCAUACACCAGACUCUCCAAAAAGAUUUUCAAAAGGGGUGCAAUGAAACGAGUUGCCAGAUCAAUGGAUGCAGCAGAUCACAAGAGAUUCAGGGACAAAUAUGGAGACCAGUUUCAUUAUAUGUAUAAUACUGUAUAAUGAAGUUAGAGCAUAAAUCUCACCAGCUUAGAUCUUGUUUCCUGUUCAAGUUGAGAGUCAUUUCCAUGGUGUCUGCUGUAUAUUUGUAUAAAUGACCACAGAGAUGAAUAUGUUAAGGUUUCCAUCCAUGAAGGUGUUAGUUUAAUCCCAUGACUCAUAGCUUUUAUUUCAGUACUUCUUGUGGUUAUCAAUGCAUGAUACAUGCUAGAAGGUAUCAAAAACAAAAGGCCAAGGAAUUAAAACCCAAGUUGCCAAGCAAAGGGUCAUUCACAUAUCCUGAACUAGGGAAGUCAGUAUUCCUUUUAUGUUCAGUUAGAAAGUAAUGCAUUUUCACACCAUAAUGAAUACAUGUAGAAGCUAAGAGGUCUCAUUCUUAAAGCGUGGCAAAAUAAUGAUGAUGAGAUAAGAGCAGAUUAAAUCUGGGCUCCUACUCAGUUCAGAAUCUUUUAUUGCCCUGUGAGCUAUUUAAACACAGUAAACCCCUCGUUAUCUGAGAUCCAAGCAUUCAGAGUUCUCAUGCAACAGGGACCCUACAAUGAAAAGCAAAAUAAAUGUUAAAGUUGUGUUAAUUUACCAAUGAACUGCUAAUCAAUGACAUUUCUUGGAACAAAUUAACAUCGAUUAAUGUGGGAUGACUGUAUUAACUAAAUAUGCAUUCUCCCUGUCCUACAUGUUACUGAAUGAUAUGUCAAGGCUCAUGUCUAACACCAUCUCCCACAAGUAAAACACAAAAACAGUAAAUUGUAAACAAUCUUCUUUUUACAGUGCACUACACUUAACAUUACAACAUAAAAAUAUGAAUACUCACACAGCACAUACAUUACUCUGAAACAAAAGCCUGCUUGCUUAUUCAUGACCUACUGCAUGAAUAACAUUCAUGCAGUGUAUUAAUGCUUAACAAUAUGUUGCUCUGGUAACUCAACAUCGCAUAAUUCUGGAGUUCUCAUCUCCUGUUACAUUACUUAUUUAUGUGUAUAGAAGUAUAUUUUAGAAUGGUUGUGAUUUAUAGUGAAUUGUAAAUGAUAAAUUGAAUUUAUAUGGUGUAUGAACUUGAGAGAUUUAUACACAUUUCUACCUGAAGUGUACAUUUUUAUGUAAAAUAUUUUGUGUAAUUUUAUAAGAUAAAGUUGGAGUUACAGAUA